AAGGAGGCGGCGGCGGCGGAGGGGGGAAGAUGGCGGCGCCCGUCCUGCUGAGAGUGUCGGUGCCGCGUUGGGAGCGGGUGGCCCGGUAUGCAGUGUGCGCCGCCGGGAUCCUGCUCUCCAUCUACGCCUACCACGUGGAGCGGGAGAAGGAGCGGGACCCCGAGCACCGGGCCCUCUGCGACCUGGGGCCCUGGGUGAAGUGCUCUGCCGCCCUUGCCUCCAGAUGGGGUCGAGGAUUUGGUCUUUUGGGUUCCAUUUUUGGAAAGGAUGGUGUAUUAAACCAGCCAAACAGUGUCUUUGGACUUAUAUUUUAUAUACUACAGUUAUUACUUGGCCUGACAGCAAGUGCAGUUGCAGCUUUAAUCCUCAUGACGUCCUCCAUCAUGUCUGUAGUGGGGUCUUUGUACCUGGCCUACAUCCUGUACUUUGUGCUGAAGGAGUUUUGCAUAAUCUGCGUCAUCACAUACGUGCUGAACUUCAUUCUUCUUAUCAUCAACUACAAACGACUAGUUUACUUGAAUGAGGCCUGGAAACGGCAACUGCAGCCCAAGCAGGACUAACCACCUGACGAACUCUUAACUGACAGUCUGAAGUCCCUUUUUCCAUUAAGUUUAUUUUGCAGCAGUUUGGUUGGGUUUUUUUUUGUUUUUUGUUUUUAAUUCUUCACAACAGACACUUUCCCUAAGAAUCUUAAACUGAUUUUUUAAAAUCCUGUAAAUUAGAAGGGGCUCUAGCUAUUUUCUGUGUCAAUCUUCAUUUUAAAUAUGGAUACAAAAAAACAAAGAGGAUACGCCGAGCCAAUCAAAGACAAGCUUUAACUUUACUUUGGAGAUGUUUCUGAAAUAAUAAAUGUAGCCCUAGCCUCCUUCCCUCAAUUGUAAAGUGAGCAACCAUUGCUAGUAAUUCUCUAAUGUGUAUAAAUUAAAUUUCAGCUAUAACAAAUGUGAUCAUGACAUGAAAAUAUUUUAGAAUAGAUACUGUAUUAAAUAUUGCCAUGUUUACAAUAUGUAAUGUUUUUAGCUGAUGGAUUUAAACAUGUAGAUUCAACUAGAAUCCAUUCAUGUGAUAUUUGUAAAUAAAGGUAGAAAUAUUGGAUCCAUCCCUGCAGAACUUACUGUACAGUUUAGUUGAAGUGUAGCAAUGAAGAAAUGUCAGCUCAACGUUGACUGAAGAAAUAGUGAAAAUAGUUAAGUCCAUACAGAGCAUCUUGUGAAAAGCACUGAGAGCUGUGGGUCUAGCAUUGACAGCAAAAAUAAUAGGGUGAUUGGUUCCCUUUCAUCUCCUUCCUCUGAAAGGAGGAAACUAAAUUUGGACAUUCAAGUCAAGCUUGUACCUAGUCAUAAAACUGGAUCAAUUAUAACAUUACAGAAUGAGUCAUGUGACCAGACUUUCAAGUCCAAGGCCUUCAGGAUACUAAAGAUGGGAAAAUGGGUAGAUUUCUUUGGAGAAAAGCUGGAAAUAUUAAUAUGGCAUUUUUAGGUAAAAUCUCUUACAACAGUUGAAUUUUCAUGCAGAUUAUUUUCCUUAACAUUGGUGCCAGUCAACCAAACAGUAUUGACUUUGAAAUCAUCAGUAUAAGCCCAGUCGCUCCAGAGUAGGAUUGCUCUUGGGUAACUCUGUAGUGUUUUCCCUGUUUCUUUCUACACUAAUUAACCAGACGUCUAGUUUAAUUGUUUUAGAGUCAGAUACUGGAUUUGUAAACUUUAGGGCUGACAUGCUGCUCAGUUUGCUUAACUGGGAGGAGUACUAAAGGUAGAAAUAUCUCAAGGUGAAAUACAGUACUCUUUCUAAUAACUACCCAAAUGCAGAGUUUUUGAAAGUGAUCUGAAUAAACCCAAAUGAAAUAGUGACAGUAUGUUUCUAUGGUUAACAUCUUAUAUCAGAUUGUUCAAAGUGCCUUCUGUCUUAAAUCUCAAACCAAAUAUUUUGUGUGUUGAACUUGGGCAGAAGUGUCCUUCCUUCCUUUCUUAGCAUGAAGUAGAAAACUUGCAUUCUAUAGAAAGGUUCUGUAUGAUCAUUUUAUUCCUUAGAUUGAGAAGUAGUAGCCAUGUUUUUGCUUCCAAUUCCAUUCAUCAUUAUGUUAAAAAGAGACCGGUAACUUCUGAGUGCUUUAUUUGCCUUCUUUUGAAGGGAGGGGACAGGCUCUGCUCUGUAAACUGUAACGUGCAGAGUCAGCAACUGUUCAGCAGUUUCCAACUAACUGUCAUAAUUGAUGCAAUGUAUUCUUCUGGCCCAAGGCAGGUAUAAAAUCUGAGUUGUAAUGUACUUUCAACCAGUUUAAACCAGUUUUGUAAAAGAUAGCUUAAUUCAGAUUUCAUCAAGGCUUAUGUUCUCCCAAGAAUGUGAAUAUUUCAAUACCUGUUUUAUUAUCUAUGUAUUGUUCUUGUUUCUAUAGUUAAAGAACUCUAGAAAGCAUUGAUUAGAUGUCUGAUAUUUAUGGAGAAACAAGUCCUAACGCUGGAGAACCGUGCAACAAGGUCGUCUUGUAGCAGUGCUUCCCGCCUACCCAGCAGUUUACUGCUUCUCUUUUCUCCGCUAGAGUGGAACUGGCUUCACGGUGAAGACUUCGUGGUAUAUAUAACUCUGGUCGUGCUAAACAAGUUCCUCGUGUCCCAAUUUAAAAUUGUUUUUCACCAUAUUUUGUAUCAAUCAGCAGAGUAGAGUUAAAGCUUGUCUUGAUGUUGCGUUCUUGCGAACAUCUUCAACUCUUACGUGAGAGAACGUCAGUGUUCAGCCAGACCCUUCGAGUUUUUCCUUUGCUUUUCUAAGCCUUGGGGAAACCACUGUUUCAGUUGUAGAAAAAAUUGUUGCCACAUUCCUAUGACCCCAGAAUUAAUAUCCUUCUUUUCACUGGGUGAUGACCACGUGCUGCCUGAAAUACCAGCGUGGUGACACCCGUAUCGCUGUAAGCAAAGGACCUGCCCCUGUCCCCCGCGCCCCACCCCCCCCCAUGCGUGUGAUUUGGUAUUUUUGCCCGGGAAGAAUUUAGGCUUCCUUCUACAUCCUCAAUUACAUCCCAGAAGAGGGGGAAAACCCCAUGUUAUAAAAUCUGAGGGCUAUUUUGACUAUUUUAGACAGAAUAUUUAAACACUGCAACAUUAUUAGCCACCAAUGUGGAAGAACAGAUUAGGGAAGAAAUUGAAUUUCUGCUUCUUGGUUUUCAAAAUGAUUUGUAACAAUGAAGCCUCUUACCUACUUGACAGUCCUGUCAUUUGAAGAAAUAAGAGAAGUUGUGGUUAGAUGAUAAAUUCUAGGGAAUCUAGGUGGUUUGGAGGGUUUGGUAUUUUUCACUGCAGCUAGUUGCUAUCAGUGAGGGUAAACGUCUGGUGAAAUAACUCAGGUUUAACUAGCUGUGUGCCAGGAAUUACUUUUACUUGAUGUAUAGAGCCUCUCCUUAAAUCCAUUACUUCUAAGGAUGUUGAAAGCAUUGACUAUUUUCUUACAAAGAGACAAAGAUCUAUCAUUUGGUACAAGAGAUCCUUGGACCUACUAGGUAGGAUACAGGACCAAGACUACAGUGAAAUUAAAACUGUUAGUUGGCUUUAGUUUUCUUGUAUUUCGUUUAUUUUUAAGACUAUCAGCAAAAGUGCAAAGUUGUCUUCAGCAAAGCUUGACACCAAUGAAUGCUGACAGAUCUUGUCCUGAAAAAUCAGUAUUGAACAAAUGCCAACAAGAAGCCCACUAUCAUUUUUGGUAACCUAUUUGGGAAGGAAUACCUAAUAUUCAGUCUUUGUCCUCGUGUACUUCUCCCCAACAGGCAAGCACUGGUGAAACAUUUCUAUUCAGAUAUUUUAGGCAGCACUUAUGAUUCCUAAUUUGUGAGAGCUACCCUUCAAUAAAUCAAAGGGGGCGGGGGUAGGCGUCCAGGCUACUUGGUUAAACAUUUUUUUCGACAAAUUAGCCCAGAAAAGGUGAAAUGUUUUGUUAUAAAACUAUUAAGCAUGGCCUAAGUAUUAGGUGUAUGAUCUGUAUAGUACGUUCCAUCAAAAAUAUUUAUUACUAGUGCUUUAAGCUCCAGAGUAAACAUUCAUUUAAAAUGGAGUUCACUGGGCAGAUUUCCCCUUUAAUAUAGAUAGAAAUAUUCUUUAUCAGAGAUUUAGGACACAGUUUUGCUAACUGGUAAAAACAAAUGUAAAUAUGUAAGAAUGUUUAUUUGUUGCACAUAACUUUUUGGUAUAAAAUAAAUGUAGAAGUUACCUGUGGAAGUUGUGCUGCCCUCAUUCUUAUACUGCAGUAUUGCAUUUCAAAAAAGCAACAGAAAUGAAUUCAGUCUUAUAAAUUAUUCUUGAAAUUGUUUCUGUAGCUUCAUUUCUACAGGUGUACUGAGUUGAUUCUUCUUCUCUUAAAUUAUAUGUAACUUAGAGGAGACACAGCAGAAUUCUCAGAGAGUCUAGUUCUUGGAAUUCCUGUUGAUUUAUGAUGUAUGUGGUUGUCGAGAAUUAAUGAAAAAGAUGUUACUGCUUACAGUUCUGUAAGCACAUAGAAUGUAUUAAUCAGCUGUUUUCCCACUGCUUUACUUUAGCUCACCUCGAACACUCCACUGUUAUAAACUUCUAAAAAGUUAACUUCUGUAAGAAAGAUGAUUCCAUUUGAAAUGCAGUUAGCCAUAUUUUAUUGAAUAGAACAAAUGUGCCCUGUGUUAGAACCUUAGGACUUAAGAAAUGGACCUUACCUCUAAUUUGUAAAACA